AUGUCUGUUAUUAUCAACCCUUCGAAGUUGGUGAGUUCUGUUAGAGCGUAUCAUUCGGGCAAGGUUAAGCAGAUUGGUGGUGGUGCACCAGGAGCUGCUGCUGCUGAUGUCAUCGCUGCUACUGAUGCUGCUGCUGAAGUUGUUGCUGUGCCUUCAGCUGCCGAUAUAGGUGAUGUUGUUUCUGUUCCUUCAGUUUCCUUCGAAUCGUCGUUUCUCCAAACUCAAUUAUCCAACAUCAACAACAUCUACAACGACAAAACAGCAGACCUAAACUUGAUUUAUCCCUUGUAUCAAGCCCUCAAAAGAAACCUGAUCCCAUUACCUUCCGUCGACUACUAUAACAUGGUUCUUGACUCUAUAGAAAGAAGAUCCUUGGAUAACAAUUGUGGAGGACUCGCGUGUGUGGAAAACAGACUUACCACCUUAUUAUUGGUAUAUCAAGAUCUCUUGGAAUCGGGGUUAAGACCUUCUAUUGAUACCUACAACAUUGUUAUUGGAAGUUUAUUGAAAGGAGCCUUGGAUGCCAUCAAGUUGGGGAACCAAUCCAAUACACCUCAGUUUGUGUAUCAUAAUUCCUUUUAUAAGUCACAAGAAUUUAGUCAAAUUGGUUUGGAUUUAUUAUUAACCGUGAAGAGCAAGGCAAAUCAAUUGGAUUUGAACAAAAUCUUACCCAAUUUAUUAAUAAUAAUGAAUUAUCAUCCUAAUCUUGUUACCAAACAAUUUCUCGACUUGUUGUUCGACUUAAAAGAUGGAAAUUUUGUUGCUAACGGAGAAUAUCACGUUGGGUUUCUUGGAUUAACCAAAUAUUUCGGUAAGUUGAAGGUUUUCAACGAUACCAAUGAUGAUUUGUUCCAAUUUAUAAUCUCAAGUUAUAAAUGUUAUCAACAACAUUGUCAAAAGUAUGAUCACUUGAUUCAAAAUGAAUACGAUGUCUAUUCAAGUUUGGUACAAUCUUUGAUUGAAAAUGGUAAUGUCCUGUUGGCCACGAAAUUCUUGGAUCAAAUCUUAGUAGAUUUCAAAGAAAGCUUGAACUCUGUGGAUAAGCCUUCUAAAAGUCAAAUUUCAAAGUUGUUAUCAACGUAUUUAAUUUCCCUAUUAAACAUUGAUGGUUCCUUUAAGAAUUUGUAUCGGUCCUACAAUCUUUUACAGGAAUUCAAUUCAGUUGCUUAUUUGCCUGAAUUAUCUGUGGAAUUAUAUAAUGAAAUGAUCAAUUGUUUCAUUUCCUAUUACACUCGUUUAGAAGCUCAAAAGUUAAAUAGUUGUGGUCCUGGUUCCGAAAGUGAAGUUUACAAGGUUCAACAAAGCCAAUUGAAAUAUUAUCACAUCAUAUGGAAAUUAUAUAACCAUUUGGCUAUCAGAAAGGAUUACCAGAGCCAGCAGAAACCAUUUGAUGUGGUCUCCAUUGUUCUUAAUAAUAAGAAGAUCUCAUGUCGUGAUUAUUUACUUUCCUUUAGUUUGGACUUGGGUGAUCAUGAAAAGAUCUUUCAGUUGUUGAAGGAAAUUAUACUCAAGAACCAUAUCAUUCAAGAUUUGACAAUUUUAGAGAAGUUGUGUCAAUAUUUGGCUAAUGGUUCCAAGAUCAAUAGCAAUUCUUACUAUAAUGAAUUACUUUGGAAUUUACUUGAAGAUCAAGCAUUACAUUAUUCAUCAAACCCUACAGAUUUGAAUUCAUUUCUUCUGGAAAUUGUGGGCUAUUUGGUUCUUGAAUCCCCAGAUAUCCAAUUCAAUUCCACCAAGAGAAUCCUUGAUUCUCAAGUCGUAAACAACGCAGUGACUAAUUGCGAUUUACAAGCCAAUAACGUUUAUGGCAUCAUGAAACUAUUACAAUCGGCAAUGUCAACUACCACUAAUACCAAUGACCAUAGAAUGUUGCAUCUUGUUGCUACGAUGAUUAAUAAGUUUGAAGAUUCUGAUAACCACUAUUUGGCUGUUGAUGAUGAGGUCUCUUUGUUUGUUGAACAAAUGAAAAAGUACUUUGUUAACAACUAUAACUCUGCUGUGGUUCAUAUCACUCAUGAAAUGCAAUAUGCUGGUUUGAAUUUGGACUUGGAAGACCCAACAUCAUCCGUUAAUUCUUCACCAGACCAAAUGGAGUUCACCAACUCAUGGCAUACUAUUAAUUUAUGUUUCUUGUUGCAUACUAGUAUGCGUGUUGGAGUACAACGGUUUGUUGAGUUGUUUGAACAAGGUUAUAACUUCAAUUAUGAAACAUGGAUUAUUAUCAUCAACAAUAGAUAUGAGGAUCUUCCUAUUGAUACCUAUGAUGUGACAGCAAGAAUCUUGGAGCUGAGUUUUAGCGAUGUUGUCAAGAAUGACUUGAUUGCUUCCCUUUUAGCACUUCGUCUUGAUCAUGUUAUUACCAGGGUUGUGAAAUAUUUGUUUCAACAUCCAGCGUUUUUGAGAAAUGAUGACUUGGUUCAUCAUGUGUUUGAUACAUUAAGCAGUAAGACUACGGAACACUUGAAGAAGGAGAUUGCUGCCAACAUUAAUACGAUUCUUGAGUACAACCAAACCUUGAAAUGGGUUAACAAGUUGAGUUCUAUUUUAGAUUCUGAAUCAUUUGUUGAGCUUGUUAAGGGUAACAAGUUGCUAUUUGAAUCAAAGACCGAAUACACUGAAGAUGAAUUGAUUUUUUUAACUCGGUAUCUUAAGAGCUUAAUUUUCAUUUUCAAGAUUGACGAAUCUAAGGAAACACUUGCGAAGUAUUUUACGAAACAAUCUGUUUCACAUUAUCUCAAAGUCAAUCCUGAGUUCUUGGAAAUGGUUACAAUGCAUUACCUUGUUAGUGGAUCAUACAAGACAAUUUUAGAUACUUUGAGCUCCGUUGAAUCGACUUCAUUGUUCACCAGGAAGAUAUUUAUGUUAUCAAGGAUUUUGAGCAACCAGAUUUAUCAAGGAAAAGAUAAAUGUUUUGACGAUUUGGUUUUAUUUGGAAGUCGCCUUUUAACUUUGGAGCCUAAAAGAAUGGUUGAAAUUUAUAGAGGGUCUCCGUUUAUGCAUGAAACUCCUCAAUUGGUUUCUCUGAUGAUCCAAACGUUAAUUAAUUGUGCUCUUUUAGAUAAGACUUCAUUGCCCAAGAUCAAUAUGAAGCUUGAGAAGCUCUUUAGCUUUAUUCAUGGUACAAAGUAUAAGGUAUUGGACGAAAAAGUUCUUCUGAAGCUUAUACACCUAUUGACACUCCUUAAUCGUGGAGACAUGCUCAAUUUCAUUGUGACUCAUGGCUUAGGAUCCAAGGCUAUUCAUUUCCGUGGCUUUGAGUUUCAUAUUGAAGAUGAGCCAGCGUUUUUGGCUUUAAUGGAACAAGCAGCAAGUCAAUUGAACGAUGCCAUAAUGAGUUCGGCAAUAAAAGAAUUUCAGAUAUCGUUACCAUCGGCAUUACCCAAGACAAGACAAUACAAUUAUGAAUUAUGCAUAUAA